UUUUCCCUACGAACAGAAGAAUGAAUAUUUAAGUUGUUCAUUUAGUCUUGUUGGGAUCUUUUACAUAAUGCAGUAAUGGAGAUGUUCAGGAAUUGCAUAUUUGUGGAUUUCUCUAUUGUCUAUUCUGGCUGAUAAGCUAUCGUGUUACUGCUAUACUGUGGAAAGAUGGAGAAGUCAAUACCAAACACACUUGCAAUAUUUCGAUGCGAUGCUGCACCAGUUACUGAAUUUGACAAUUCUGACUUGUUAGAACAUAACAGUGAAACAGUAUCUGGAUCAUCUCUGAGCUCUUCCUCAUCAAAAGUAAAAAGUCAGUAUGUUCCAAUUAUAAGGCAAUCAUUGUUGAUUAGCUCACUUCUUGAACAAUUAUGCUCACUGUAUGAAACUGAUAAAGUGAAAUCACAAAAACUUUAUUUUAUUCUGUGUGAUCAACUCGCAAAUUUGGGGAUUAUAUCUCCCGUUGCAUAUUUGGAAGAAUUUACGUCGGUGCAUACUCAAUAUAAAAAAACACUGUACAACAUUAUACAAUCAUCUAUCAUGAAGCUAGAUUCAAAGCCAGCAUUUCCAGCCAACUGUGAUAUUACAAAACUGCUUGAUUCUGGAGGACUGAUGGAUUGCAAACCCAUCAUUCCUGACCAAACAAAAGUUUUCGACUUUGAUACUUCAAGGUAUGGUCAAGAAUUUGACGAAUUGGGUAAACUGGGUUCUGGUGGUUACGGCAGUGUUUACCGUGCGCGAAGCAAGAUUGAUGGACAAGAGUAUGCUAUCAAAAAAAUAGUUUUGCGCGAUUCACUAGUUGGCGAGAGUGAUAAAAUACUGCUUAGAGAAGUGCGUAUACUGGCUGGCUUGCGUCACAAAAACAUUGUUCGUUAUCAUGGUGCUUGGAUUGAGCAUAUUGAUGUUGGAGAAGAGGUGAGAGUUCGGGGACGAAGAGAUUUACUUGAGGAUGUGAAUAACUUACAAUGCUCAAAUAAUGGUUCAUCUCAUGAUGAUUCUUACUCAUUUGGUGAUAAUGAUUCAAAACCUUUUCAAAGCUUUUCCAAAAAUGGUUUGAAAAAGAAUAAGAAAAAUAGAUCUAAAAUCCAAUUGUCCAAGUUUUGGGGUGGCAGCAGUGCAUCUGAAACAAGUGCGAGUGUUCAAAACAAAAAGAUUCAUUUCUCUAUUUCUCCUCCUCAGUCUGAUGAGGAUCUUGUGUUCCAAGACUCCAAGCCUCGUCAUAUUGAUACGAGUUACAAUGACAGAUCAUCAGCGGCGAAUCCCGAGUCACCUCCCAAGGAAACUAUCUUGACUCAUGGCGUUCGAAGAGAUAUGAAUAUGCACAGAGUGAAAAGUUUUAUUAUUACCAAAGACUUGCCUCCUGCAGCUAAUCGUGGAGAUUUCACUAAACCUGUACGUACUCAGUCUUUGAGCACUUUUCAGGAUCGUUUAUCUACAAAUUCAUUAGAUUUGGAUUGUGUGGCAAUAGGGAAAAAAUCUAAAAGUUUCGUUCAUUCUAAUUUAAGGAAGGGAAAGCUGGUGCUUAACAUUCAAAUGGAACUUUGUCAGACAUCUUUGAAACGCUGGCUUUCAUUGAGGAAUAAGAAUAUUUUUCAUAGGAAUGAAAGCUUUCAUGAAGGCACAUCUUUACAUUGCAUGAGACAAAUAGUAUCUGCGCUUAACUUUAUUCAUUCUAAAGAUUUGAUUCAUCGAGAUGUUAAACCCCACAAUAUAUUUCUAAAUUUAACCGGAUAUGGCAAACCUCAUUUAUUACUUGGAGACUUCGGUCUCGCGAAAAACAAUUUUGCAAGUCCAGUUGAUUCCACUGUUUCAAAUCAUAGUAGUCAAAAUACUUUUUAUAUGGGUUUGCGUCGUACUGACAGUCACACUUCGGGCGUUGGUACAACAUCGUAUGCUGCACCAGAGCAACUUUUUGCAGAUGUGUAUGAUGCAAAAGUUGAUAUGUACAGUUUCGCUAUUGUUGCCUAUGAAUUGUGGACACCGUUUGAAACUGCAAUGGAAAGAGCAAGCCAUCUCAAGCAAUUACGUAAUCAAAUUGUUCCAAGCGAGUUUAUUCUUGAAUAUCCACAGCUGGGUAAAUUGUUGACUUCCUUACUGAAUCAUGAUCCUAAAAUGAGACCAAGCUCUCAAGAAAUUUUUGAAGGAGACUUUUUUGAAAAAUCGAAGGAUAAAAUCAUUGACCAACAGGCUGAACGAAUACACAUACUUGAAACUGAAAUAAGAGAUUUGAAAGUUAUGAACAAAAAACUUCAGAGACAGUUGAAUAACAGACGUUCACCUCCAUAGUGAUUACUAUUAAAUAAUGAUUUGUGAUUAUUACUGUAUAAUAGUAAUAAAAACUGUAUUCUUGCCUUUCUUCCAUUUAAAGAGAAAUCUAUAAAAUGUUAUGUUCCUUCAGUAUUCAUAGUAGAAUAGUAAGAAAAGUUAUAUAAUCAGUUUUAGACUUCUUGCUUAUUUGUAUAGGUACUUAGAUAUAUGUUUUACUAUGGAGGUAUUUUCAUCGUCACCAGUCACCAGGUAUAUUUUUUGUGAUACCUAUUCUAUCGAGGUGCUUCUUUCUGCUUGAGGAAAAGGUCCUAUGUUACUGAUGAAUGUAACUUGGAAAUCAAAAUUAUCAUUAGUCUGUUUAAACGUUAAUUGAAACGAUUAAGGAUAAAAGUUCAGUGAUAUAUAUAAUGUUUUGGCAUAGUUCAUUAACUGUAUGUCAGAUCAUCACUUAUGUUAAUAUAUUUUUGCAUUGAAGAGAUUCAACCCGAUAAUUGUCCACUGCCUUCUUUAAUGCCAAUAUUUAGAUAAUUUAAUCAAAUCAGUAGUUUUUGAAGUAUGAUUUUAAAAUGCCUUACAUGAUCGUAAUGUUUUCUGAUGCAAUUGCAUUUGCAGAGAUAGUAGCUGAUAAUUUUCGAAUCUCUAAAUAUUAUGUUUUCUAAUAUCACUGUGAUAUAAACGAUUUUGACAAUUUAUCAACAUCCAAGACUUUACUUUGUUUUUAUAUUAGUUUGUGGGUUUUGUUUAAGUCAUUUUGCUUUGUUUGAGAAUGUGAUCAAAUUGGUGGGUUCAAGGAAAUUGUUUUCAUGGAUAUGGUGCAAACUGGAAGGUACCGUAAUUGCGUACCGUAAUGUAGUAUUUGUUGAAACGUCCUCAUUUUUAUGAUAUGUGAAUGGAGGAAUACAAAGUGUGAUAUAUUUCUCUUUGUUCAUCUAUUGAACACUACUCAAUAACAGCAUAGUUCCAAGUUUUUUGUUUCAUAAUAUAUUGUAAAGAAGAACUCAGUACCUCGAAUUACUAUAAAAUUGCAAAAAUUUUGUUAUAUUUUUAAUUUUUAUGCAAGA